AGGAGUCGGAAGUUUAGUCAGGCAUUGCCGUAUUAAUUCGACACGGAAAAGCUCCAUUCACACCGCAAGCGCUCGAAAUCAUCACAUCGGCUGGAUGGACUUAAUGAAACCAUGAGGAAUAAAAAACACGAAGAUUGUUGCGAAAGUAACUAACGUGACUAUCGUUCCGAGCUUUUGAAGACGCCGAGCCAGGUAUUUCGGCGCAGACUUUCAACCGUCGAUUUGUUUUGCAGGUGUACCUGUGCAUACGUGGCACUUAUUUUUCUUUAUCUGGAGACCAACUUAAAAUUAGCGUUUUUUUUAGGUAUUUUAUCCACGUUUUUUUUAUUGUGUCAAUGUGGACCAUUUUCCGAAGUUUAGUAAAUUGCGUGGCUGGGACUAGUUUACUUGCGCCGGGCAGCCAAUCAGCGCGCGCUAACCGCUCGAAAUCGUAGUAACACUCACUAUUUCUGCUUUAAUUAAUCCUCUUUUGAUUUAUUCGCACGAUAACCUACAAAACCGAUUCGUACCGCACCAUUUAGAUAUUGACAGCAGGUUUCCAGACGAGGUUUCAUAAGGAGAAGUGUCAAGGCUGUGUGUGUUUUUUUUGGUUGGUAAAAUGGAUGCGGGAAUGGAGAAGGAGUGCAGCGCUUUGGGAGGGCUCUUCCAAAUCAUCAUGAACGAUAUGAAGGCGAGUUAUCCUGCCUGGGAGGACUUUGUCACCAAAGGCUCUAAGCUGCAAUCACAGCUGAGGACAACAAUCAUCGUUACAAGCUCAUUCCUGGACGCCUUCCAGAAAGUCGCUGACAUCGCAACUGGAACGCGAGGAGCGACGAAAGAGAUUGGAUCUGCCUUGACCAGGAUGUGUAUGAGACACCGAAGCAUUGAGAACAAACUCAAACUGUUUACCACGGCUCUCAUGGAUAACUUGAUCACUCCUCUGGAACUGAAAAUAGAAGAAUGGAAAAAGGUUACCAAUCAGCUGGAUAAAGAUCAUGCCAAAGAAUUCAAAAAAGCACGCUCUGAGAUCAAAAAGAAAUCUUCAGACACAAUUAAACUGCAAAAGAAAGUUAAAAAAGGUAAAGACGAGGUCCGGAUGCAGUUGGACAGUGCACUUCAUGAUGUUAACACGCGCUAUGCCGUGUUAGAGGAAACGGAGAAGAGAGCUGUGUGUCGAGCACUUGUAGAGGAAAGAGGAAGAUUCUGUUCUUUUGUCACAAUGCUCAAACCUGUCCUGGAUGAAGAAAUAGGCAUGCUUGGGGAAGUCACCCACUUACAGACGAUUCUAGAAGAUCUUGGCAACCUGACGACUGAUCCCAACAUACUGCCUCCUGCUAGUGAACAGGUUAUUCUUGAUCUUAAAGGCUCGGACUACAGUUAUUCGUAUCAGACUCCACCUGCGUCUCCCAGCAAUACGCUGUCACGUAAAAGCAGCAUCAGCAGUAACUACACCUCUGUGCGUCAUGUUCCUUCUCUGGACUCCAUCUCCAGUGCAGUGGAUGGGCUUCACCUCAGAGCACCAGAUGCAACACAGGAGAAAAGCAGUGUUAACAGUCAGCCUUGGCAAGGUAAGAUCACUCCUGGCACUGAAAAUGGGACCUCCAUGCCCCCACCACACAAACCUUACAACGGGUUUGAGGAGAGAGCCAGGACCCUGUCCACCUCGGGCAAGCUACAGACAGCCAGGGAGCAGCUGGCUCUUACUCUUGGAGGCGGGCUUAAUUCAGAUGCACCUCGAACCAGUCGAGAUUCCCUCCACUGCUCUAGUGGAUACAGCACACAGACGACUACACCAUCCUGCUCUGAAGACACCAUACCUUCACAGCAUGCGGUAAAGAAAGAACCUCCUCUAUAUGAUUAUGACUACAUCUCCUUGCACGGUGGAGAGGACGGCCACAGUCAGUCUGAUUUUGAUAAAUCUUCCACGAUUCCGCGCAACAGCGACUUGAGUCUCAAUUACCGCAAAAUGUUUCAAAGCAAGCGUCCGGCAUCCACCGUUAGUCUGUUGAUGGAUCCGGAGCCUCUAGGGCCCCACACAGCAACUAUUCGCCGUAAACCCUCAAGCAAACCCAACAUCCGUCGUGGAACCAUAAGUGGAGGAGUGCCCAUACCCAUCUCAACACCGCAGGUGCCCCUGAAGGCGUCCGUUUCUACUGCCGGUCUGUGCGGCAGUGAGGAGACCGUUUGCCUCUCUGGGGUAAUACAGAGUAACAGGGUACCUGGUACAGAUCUGGCUCACACUAGACAUAAUCUCUGCAUGUCCACCCAGAGUCUGAGUUCCAUGCCACCUCCAUAUUAUUCCAUGUUCCCUGGGCAGCCACCGGCAGGCAGCAAAGAGCAGCUGUAUCAAAUGAGCAAGCAACAACAGUAUGCACUGCACCAACAGCAACAGAGGCAAUAUCAGCAUCAGCUGCAGCACCAAUAUAGUCAACAACAGAAUCAACAACAGAAUCAUUUACAGCCGCAACAAUACAAUCAACAUCAGCAAAAUAAUCCACAACAAUACAACCAGCAACAACAGUUUCAUCAACAGCAGGAGCAGCAAUACCAACAACUGGUACAUCAAAAAGACCGACAGCAGAAAUUCAAACAACCGCAUGUAACGCAUCAAUUUCAACAGCAACAACAUCAGAAUCAACAGCAGAUACAGAAUACUGCAACUCACAAUUCCAGCAUGCCACUUCCAAGUGCAUCGCCUAAUUCCGAUCAGCCUUGCUUGGAUCAUUCCAAUGACGUUCCUGAUUCUAGCAGUGGAGGUGACAUGUUAAGCAUGAUCCGUAGAGGAGUCAAACUACGUCAGACUCUUACCAACGACCGUUCGGCACCUUUCAUCACCCCGAACCAUCUCAACUGAUUUUUAAAUGUUUUUUUUUAUUUCCCUUUUCCGAAUAUUAUUUCAUUUAACAAUACUUUUUUCAAGCCUUUUAUUGUUGGUGUUUGCGCAUCUUCUUCUUUAAAGAUUGACUAAUGUUCGACAAUUUUGACUUUACACUGUGCGUGAACAAACUCUUUCAACCCCGCAAUGUUAUUGUUGCAGCGAAUGUUGCCUCUCAAUAAAUUAAAAGUGAAUUCCGCUGGCUGUGUGCUUCACGCUAUAUAUACAGAUAUAUUUAUAUGUAUUUAGAUAUAUAGAUCGAGCAUUAAAGCUUAAGAUAUAUUGAUGUUAUUUGUUUAUGUUGUAUUUGCGGAAGAAAACAGCACUCAGCCUUUAAUAAUUGUGGUUAGAGAUCAAAUACUUCUGUAUAUAUUAGCGAAACUAUUGAAAGACUGUUGUAUUAUUUUAGUUUUUCUGUUUGUUUUUUAAAGUAGUUAAAGCAGCUCUAGGCAUCUAUUUUUGUACAGUUUAGGGUAACAGAAAACUGCCCCACUGCCUUUAAUCCGCCCAAUUACUGGACAUGCAGUUGCAAUGAAUGCAGCCAAUGAGAGAAAGGGAAGGAAGAAGAGGUGUAAUUGGGUGGAUUAAUGAAGGACUGGAAAAGUGGAUCAUAUUUGUGUUGCUUAUAAUGACUGUGAGAGCUUAUGAGGUAUCACUGUGGUUAUUUAUUCAACCUGUUUGAUUCUGAAUCAUUUUAAAUCGUUUGUUUACCAAAGCUUUGAUGCUGUAGCCUCAUAGAUGCAUAUAAACCUGCUCUCCUUGAUGAUUCAGUAGAAAGACUUGAUGCAUAUCAUUUUUACUUGUUUUGAACAUUUGCAUUUUUUUUUUUUUCACACCAGGGAAAGUUUUGAUUUGAAAACAUUUGCAAAAAUGGCAAAAUGUCACUUGUUGUGGAAGUAUACAGGCCUAGACUUUCUUAAAAGCUUUUUUUUUAACCAGAUAAGAACAUUCAUUCUUAACUGGGUUUUCUGUUGCAGGUCACAAUGUUUGGUAAAGAGGAAUAUUGUAUCAAAGUGUCCCGUUCUUCAGGUUUGCAAGUACAAAGCUUAUUUAAUGAAAAUAUAAAGCAAUUGAAUAUUGACCUACUUAAAGCAAUGAAUCAUUUUAACCUUAAACCCCAAUGUGAAGCUAACAUUAUCCACACAUGGUAAAUUUAAACCGCAUUUUAAAAAGAGAUCUCAAGAGGACACUUGGAGUGUAUGUUCAGAAUUGAAGGAGCAGUUCUGUUCUUUAUCAGUGUAUUUUUAAUUUUUUUUGUGAGUGUGUUAUUUUACCUUUGCAUUUAAGAUUGUGCCUAGUUAGGCCUUUACUGAAAUAUCUUCAGGCAUUUGAUAUAUGUUAGGUGAAAGCAAACGGUAAGCCUAGUUCAGAUGCGUACCCCAUUUUUAGGUUAAGCCUUUUUUGACUGAUUUUUCUAAAUACAUUUCCUUUAGAGUUUGCUCUGUGUGUGGAUUACCACAAAUUUUAUUGGUUUGUUGUGCUUGUUGUAGUUUUGCUAUGCUCUCCUCUUGUUUUCAUACAGGAAAGCCAAUGCUGGACAUUUGCUUUCAAGCUUAAAAUUGCAUCACCAAUGCUACAGUUUUUAUUGCAUUUUAAAAACAUUUAUUAUCAAGUUUAUUACAUCAAGCAUCAUUUUUGUUCUCAUGAUUAGAUUGUUCACAACAUAUGAAUUCUGAUAGGGAUAGUUCACCCAAAAUGAUCAAUUCUGCCAUCAUUUACUCACCCUCAUGUUGUUUGCAGCCUGCGAUUUUUGUCUUCUGUGGAACACAAAUGGAGAUGUUACUCGGUAUGUUAGUCUCAGUCACCAUUCACUCACUUUUGUUGCAUCUUUUUUUUUUUUCAUGCAACACUGUAAAAUCUAAUUAGUUGACCUUACUUAGAAAAAGCAUGCAAGCAUAUUACCUUAAAAAUCUAAGUAAACACUUAUUCGGCUCAAAAAAAGUAAACUAGUUACAAGUAAACUAAACUUAUCUGUGAUUAAAGUAUCAAUUAUUAUUAUUAUUAAAUUAUUUAAAUUGAGUUAUAGCAUGUCUUAACCAGUGUACAGGAAAUUAUGGAAGGUAUCUCGGUUAGCCAUAUGGCACAUUGGAUUCUUCUCAGUACUUCUUAUUGCACAUGAAUCUACUCUUUUGUUAAGUACAAUUGAGUAGAGAUGAAUGUCUUCAAUUUAACAGGCUCCAAGUUCAACAGAGGUAACACUAAUCACCCUAAUGGUGAUGGUGACUUUACACAAAUCACAACUAUCAACCAGCUACAACAAUAGUCAUAACAAUUAAAAUAUAUAUAUAUAUAUAUAUAUAUAUAUAUAUAUAUAAUUACAUAAGCUUCCUUGUUUUGACCAAGCAUACAUCAUUUAUUCAAAUGCAAGGGCUUAUGGGCAUUCCACACGUCCACAAAUGUUGGGUUUGUAGUACUCAAAGUCAGUUUAAGAAUGUAAACUAGCAGCCAAAAGUUUGGAAUAAUGUACAGAUUUUGCUGUUUCAGUAAGAAAUUGAUACUUUAAUUCACCAAAGUGGCAUUCAACUGAUCACAAAAUAUAGUCAGGACAUUACUGAUGUAAAAAAACAGCACCAUCACUAUUUGAAAAAAGUCAUUUUUUAUCAAAUCUAGAUGGGUCCCAUUUCCAUCACUCCAGUACUUUAUCCUGGAGUAAUCAUGCUAAAUUGCUCAUUUGGUUCAAGAAAAUCCCUUGCCAUUACAUCAAACACAGUUUAAAGCUAUUUGUUUUUUUAAAAGAAGCUUAACAUUGUCUUUGUGUUUGUUUUUGAGUUGCCACAGUAUGCAAUAGACUGGCAUGUCUUAAGGUCAAUAUUUGGUCAAAAAUGGCAACAACAAAAAAAGAAACGGCUUUCGCUAGAAACUCAUCAGUCAAUCAUUGUUUUGGGGAAUGAAGGCUAUACAAUGCAUGAAAUUGCCAAAAACAAACAAAGGUGUAACUACAGUCUUCAAGGACAACUGGCUCUAACAAGGACAAAAAGAGAUGUGGAAGGCCAGAUGUACAACUAAACAAGAGGAUAAGUACAUCAGAGUCUCUAGUUUGAGAAAUAGACACCUCACAGGUCCUCAGCUGACAGCUUCAUUGAAUUCUACCUGCUCAACACCAGUUUCAUGUACAACAGUAAAGAGAAGACUCAGGGCUGCAGUCCUUAAGGGAAGAAUUGGAAAGAAAAAGCCACUUUUAAAAAGAAAAAUAAAAUGUUAGAGUGGGCAAAGAAACACAGACAUCGGACAACAGAUAAUUGGAAAAGAGUGUUACGGAUCUUAACUCCAUUGAGCUUUUGAUGAGAACUCUUUGAAGUAGUUUAUAUGUUUCUUUUUAAAUUGUAAUAGUAAUUUUUACUAAUUAAUGUUCUGACUAUACAUUGUGAUCAGUUGAAUGCCACUGGUGAAUAAAAGUUCCCAUUUCUGUCCAAAAGAGCUAAAUUUGUACAUUGUAUAUAUUGGAGUUAAAAUUACAAAAUGUGACAUUUCAAGUACUGUUUACUUAUGACCACUUAAAUGUUUUAAUUAAUGACAACUUUAGGGUUUAGAGAGUAACUGUAACUGAAUUAAGUUACUAGUAAGAAUAGUAAACAAUUAAGCUUAAGUUGAAUCAACUAUUUUUGAUAUUUUUUAGAUUACUGUUGGUAAAAUGGUGACUGAGACUAUAAUUCUGCCCAAAAUCUUGUGUUGUAUCCCAACAAAGAAAAGAAAGUCUUAUGAGAUUCGAACAACAUGAUAGUGAGUGAUUUGUAUUUUAUUGUUAUUGUGAGGGAAUGCAAAACAGAUCUCAGAAAAUAAAAUCCCUCCCUGUCCCCAUCCUUCAAGGUGCUCCGUACCAAUAGGUCGCCGGAACUACUUGUUAUACAACAUUGAAUAUGACAAUACAGAUCUCACCAUGAUCCUGAAUGUAAUGAUGAACUUGAUGUUCAGAAAUCUCCCUUGAAGUUUGGUGUGUUUGUGAGUGAAAUGCACCUCUGCAGUCCAACAUCUCUUCUCAGUAGGCGUAUGUAGUUUUUUUUGGUGUCUUAUCAUUUAUUAUUUCCAUCACACACACACACGUGCUGGCAGGUGUUCUUAUGUUUUCUCAGCCUAUCUGUGGCUAUUAAAAGACUCCACAACUUCACAUGCUACAAAAGGUGUUUUUACCCUUCAUAUCUUACCUCAUUCUACUUCUACCGCUGGCCACUUCUUUUUUUGUUUUGAAAUCCUUUUUCAUCCUCCUCUUCAUCUAGGGCCCCACACCUGUCUGGUGGGUGUAUAGGAUUUCUCACCCCUUCUCUGUCAGUAUUGUCCUCUGUCUCUGCAGUGAUUUAGACUCUUCCAAAGAAGUUCAGCUCUGACACAAAGCUCUUCAGUGCUUUUAGUGUAAGAUUAGCUUGCAGCUGCUGUACGACAAAUACGAGUGUAAAAGAAUAUAAUUUUACCCUGAAAGGUGAGAUGAUCAAGGUGUUAUUCCACUCUAAAUGUGCAUUGUUGUUGAUAGUGGCGGCCAGAGCUGUGGUUUUGAAUAUGUGUAAAGGAGACUUUCACAUGUUUUUCUGAGAUAAAGGCUGGCUUAACCCUGGUGAGUGUUGCUCCAGCUAUGUUACUGGGAUUUGUCCUUGUAAGUGCUGGUCUGAGUCCAGGUUUGUUAUCAUUUUAAUGACACAAACCUACAAUAUAUAUAUAUAUAUAUUAUUUUUAAUAUAUAUUUCCUACAGUUGCAGUUCACAGGACAGUUUAUUUAAAUUCUGUUUCGGUAAAUUAAAUUCAUAAAGUGUGAUGAGAAGGUCUUGAUUUUUGUUUUAGAUUUAUGCUACAGAGCUAAGAGUCAAGACAUCACGUGUGUGCGUACGCGCGUACGUACUCUGAUGACUGAGCUGAGUGUGUUUGACCCCUGGUGUGUGUUAGAGAGUUGAUCUCUCGAUGUUAAAUAUCUUUCUCUGUGCUAUGAUGUUUCUCAUGUCUGUACUCAAUGCUGAAGCCUCAAACAAAAUGGACUGUGGGUUUAAAAUAUACCAAUGUUCAAAAAGAAAUGAUCAGAGUCC